AUGCCGCCGGACCGCAAGAGGAAAGCCAGCGACAACGAAAGCGCCAUUUCAAAGCUCCGCAAAGCGCGUGCGGCGAACAAUGAGACAUCAACCAGGGAGCCCAGCCGGGAGCCACAGCUGGAAAGCCCAUUGAAGCCCACAAAAGCAUUUCGAAAGCCGCGAAAGGAUAUCAAGCACACUCAGCCAGAACAGCUGCAGGCUGAGUACCCCGAGAGCGAUCAUGUAUUACCGGUAGAGCAAAGCCAUGCCUCGGAAGCCGACGAGAAUGACAAUUCGUUUGCAGCUUUGACUGGAUCUGUCGUGGACCAAGGGCAACGUCUUUACGAGCGGCUUCCUCAGCGGAGACUACGAGUUGAACUUUCGAAAGGUGCGGAUUGCAUCAUCGCUGGACGGGGCUCGCUAUGGGUCAAGCACGGGACAGUGUACUUCAUGGGCGCUGUGUUGCAAGCGUCAGAAGAUCUUCAUCACUUUUCAGCUCCAACCUCUCUCGCGCUACCAUCGAUCCAGGCUCUGGACGUAGAUGCAGAGUUUGAACUUGCCGAGAUUCACGAGCCUCGCUCUCCGUCGCCUGACACACUCUCAAGCCUAUUCAAACCUCUUACUCCGCUGAAUAGCACGGCUUCCGACACGACCUACCAAGUCCUCGGACUCGACUUCACGCUUCUCACUGGUAGUGACAAGCCGCCACGGAUUCUCAAUCUUGUUGAUGACUACUUCAAGGUCAUUCCAGAGUUGAGACGAUCAGCGGAUCAACGUCUGCUCUUCAUUGGUGGUCGACCGCACGAAGCAGCUACUCUUGCGAGAUGCAUCAUCAACAGACUGCUUACACUCCAGAAGCAAGCUGGAGAUGUCCUCUUCCUCGACCUAAACUCGACAAUUCCUGUCUUCUCGCCGCCAGGGUUUCUGAGCGUGCUCAGAGUGAGGAGUCCCGUACUGGGACCGGUCUUUGAUAGAUCCUGCCAGAAAGACAUUGACGUGGUGCGGCAGCACUUUGUGGGUGACACCGCAGCAGGCUUACCUCCAAAUGCUGGGAAUCGGUCGUGUGUUCAGGAUCUUGUCAAGACUGUACUAGCCUCGCAAGACCAAAAACAUCUCACGCCACUUCUGGUCAAUGUUGGUAUUGCAAAUUCCCUGGGCGAGGACCUCAAUGAAGACCUAUGGCGAGACUUGUCUCCUACAUCGGUCCUUGUCUCAGAGUCAUCUAAGACCUCACCAACCGUGGACACGAGAGCAGCGCUGGCUGCCAAAACCGCUGUUCCUAUCCGCUUCCUACCAUCGAUCAACGAAACUGCACAUCUGUCUCGAGCACAUCAUACCAACCUGCGCUCCUACUUCAGCAGCGUUGAGAACAGGGUGAGUUCGUGUGCUCCUCAACUACAACUCAGCUACAGUGGGCCUGGGGCCACGGUGGCCGCAGUCACCACUAUUGACGCUCACAUACCCAAUGCCAAUGUCCAUAAGACCGUCGUGGGUCUGAUCGCUGCUCUGACACUGGUUGACCUCUCCGUCUUGGCAACUUCCAGCCAUGCUUUAAAACAUUGCGCAUCGAGUCGGAUUCCGCUGCUUCCAUCUCUGACCAGCCUUGGCUUUGCUGCAGACCAGACCGAAUGCCUUGGAUUGUGCUAUGUCCAAUCUAUCGAUAUCGUCGAAGGGACGCUGGAUCUUGUCACUCCUGUCAACCAACAGAGCAUUGAAUGCGGUGCUACUCAGGGAAAGGGAGUGGUUCUGCUUGUACAGCCUCCGACGAGAGAAGGCACAUUCAUGCCGCAGGAGAGAUAG